UGAAAGGCGUCUGCGUUCUGUCGGCGCGAGGAAUCAGAUUCCAGAGAAUGUAGGAGGAACUCUGGCUUUCGCCGCAGCUGGACGCAUAACGGAACGAACUGCAGAGCGGCUGUUCCCAUGCAUUCGUGUACGAUACAGCCAACGCGUCAGAAUAUUUCACAGAAGUAUUGACUGUGCCCGACGGGUCUCUUGCUCACCCAGGUUUUCUAUGUAUAUACUUUAGAUUUUUCGUUUUCUAGGGAAAAUUGUUUUGUAUAAAAGUAUCCGGAAAGUGUUAGGCUAUUGUAAUAGGCUACGCUUUUUGUCUUGGGAGUUUUCAGGACUGAAUCAGCUGCACACCGGGGAACAGAACAGAACCAGACCGUGAAGAAAAUCGAUCGAUGAUUAGAAAUCGACGGACUUAACGAUUCGCGUUAUCGAACGAACAGCCACUCGGGGAUGUGAAGGCUGCCUAUCCGCAGGAGAAACACUUUCCCGAACGGAAAUGACUUCAUUUUGAUAGCCCUCCUUGGCUGCAUUUGCAUGUGUGGUGUGAGAUUUUUUAGGUACUUUUGAGGAUGUUUGGUUUCAUCACAUAUACGCUGUUUGGGAGCCGUAUCUAAAGGCCUUUAGUUAAUCCUCAGGAUGUUUGCUGGACUGGUUCGUUUGGAAUCCCAGGCCCGCUCCACGUCGAACACUGACAGUACCCACCUCCCGCUGGACUGGGCGAUGGGAAGAGCAGGUGCCUCAGGUGCAGCUCCAGGUGCAGCCCCGGGCGUGGUCUCCUCUGGGGGCGGCUCUCGCAGGAAGCUGGGCAGGAGGCCGGGGUAUAUGAGGGUGCAGGAGGAGGGCAGGAGGCCCCUGGUGAACCCCGCCCAGUGCGCCCCUCUGGACUCAGGCCGCGCCUCUCACCCUCCCCCUCCCUCCUCCGCUGCAUCCCCGGGGGGGCAGCACUACUGUCACAGCACCCCCUCAGUCUGCGACCCCGCCCCAUCGGAUAGGCCACUCCCUCACAGCGGCUCUGGCCCUGCCUCAUCAGACAGGCCCCUCCCCCCCAGCAGUUCUGGCCCCACCCCUUCAGACAGACCCCUCCCCCAAAACGGCUCCAGCCCCACCCUUUCGGACAGGCCCCUCCCCCACAGCAGCUCUGGUUCCGCCCCAUCACACAGGUCCCUCCCCCAAAUCAGCUCCAGCCCCACCCCAUUGCACAGGCCCCUCCCCCACAGCAGCCUCAGGUGUUCUCGGGGCGUGUCGCCCUGUGGGGCGGACUCUUUAGCGCCCUCUGCAGGGGACCAGUUCACCUCCAGCUUCAGCUUCAUACGGCUGUCUCUGACCUCUGAGCCCACAACGGACUGCAGCCCACCCUCGCCCAGCACAUUAGGGUCUCCCCCAGGGGAUCUAGGGCCGGGAUCCGCCCUGCCUGAGCAGUCAGUCACCGCGGUAACGGAUAAACCUGCGGACCCGGCGGGAGGGCAGUGGGUCAGUAGGGAGGGCCGGGGAGACCCAGCGGUGACCCCCGAAUUGAAGGACCUCCUCCCAGACUCGGACUCCUGCUCCCUCUCAGUGGAUUCCUCAGACUCGGCCUCGGCCUCCUCCGUCACCUCCGGGUACGAGAGUGCCACGCCCUGCGGGGACGGCUGGGACGCCCUGCUGAAGAGGUACGAGGGGAUCCUGCAGGACUGCCUGCACAGCAACCGCAGAAACGCCCAGAUCGAGGCCAUGAUGUUGAAGCUGCAGAGGCUCCAGCAGAAGGCCGUCCUGGAAGAUGAUUAUGACACAGCGGAGCACUUUGGGCAGAAGCUGGAGGAGUUACGGCAGGAGAAGAGCGCGCUGCAGCUGGGCCUGCCCUCCAGGCACCCCGCCGUGUCCCACUUCCUGCAGCGGCUCCGGGUGGGGGUGAGCGUCGCCCUGCAGGAAAGGGCGGGAGGCCACAGCGGAGAGAGGCAGGAGAUGGCGGUGGAGGAGAGGGGGCAGGGGUCGCCCCAGGACAAGGACCUCUCCCAGGACCCCAGGAAGAGGAGAGAACACCUGCUUCAGGAGAAGAAACGUGUCCAGGAGGAGAUGCAGGCGCUGCGCCGCAGGCUGCAGGAGCUGCAGGGGCGCAGUCAGCGGCUGGAGGAGGAGCUCCUGCAGGAGGAGCAGCUGGAGGAGGGUGUGGGACCCGCCCUGCGCAGCUGCAGCCCCGCCCAGCUGCAGGAGCUCAGCCGGGCGCUGGACGACCUGGUCACCUCCGAACACCACGCCCACAUCUGCAGCCAGCUGCCCCCCCUCCUCCUCAGGCUCGUGGAGCAGGAAGCAGCACUGAAGGCCAGUAUCAAAGAGACCAGCGCUAAAGUGCUGAUGAGUCAGAGACUGGGCGGCGGCCUGCAGAGGAAGGUCAGCGCCAGCGAGACGCAGCUGCUGGCCCUGCAUGAGGCCAAACUGGCUGCCAUCUCAGGUAGGCCUGCCCCGCCCAGCCCUAACCUGCCCCAUCCUAACCUGCCCAGCACUGCCCCAACCUGCCCUAGGAGUGAUUACCCUGAGGCCGGAGCUGAGUGUGGACAGCUGAUGUGUCGGCUGCUGCGGACACCGACCUGGCACAACGCCCAAUACGAGAGCAUGCAGAGGGAGAAUACCUUGAAGUACAUCGAGCUGCUGGAGGACAAGCUGCACAGCUGUGGAAACUCCCUGCUGGAGCGCGUUUGGGAGGCAGAUUUGGAGGUGUGCCACCUCCUGGUCCGCGCGCCCAGCUCCUGCGGGUCUGUCGGGGUGGAGGCCCCGCCCACUCAGGACCCGCCCCCAGAGCCACACCCAAAGCAGGGGCAGGACUGCGCUAUGCUGACGGCCCUGGGGGGGCGCUGGUGCACAGAGACUGGCCUGCAGCACUCAGAGUUCACCAAGAAAUUAGAAGAGUUUCUUUUCUGCAUGGAAGACAGUCAGGACACAUGUGACGUGGCUGCAGAGGUCACGGAGGUCACAGAACAGGGUGAGCUGAUUGGCCGCAGACUGGAGUCACUGGAGGAACAGCUGCAGACUGCCAUUUUGGACCGGGACCCUACCCUGUCUCUAGAGGAGGAGGUCCAGGAGGUGAAAGCCACACUGCAGGCCAUGCAGAGACACCUGGAGGAGGAAGAGGAGGAUGACUUGGAGGAAAGGGAGGGAGAGGAAGAUGAGGACCACUACUUCAGUGACAGCUGGACAAUUUAACGCUUGGCGAACUCCCCCGCCUUUCCCCACAUCCUCCACUCCCUGCAGGAGCUGGGCCGGCGUCCCCUUCCUGUCCUGAACCCGCCGAAAACGAGUGGAACGGGACUAUUUCUGAGCUCCUGCAGACACACCCACAGCAGCUCCUUAAAUCCACUAAACACUCCCCUGAUGGGGCUCCUCUCUGCGCUGUGGGGAUCCCCGUCUUCAGCUGUGGGAACUCCCAGAAUUCCUCUUCAGUCUUUCCGCAUGGUCACACUCAAGCACAAGGUGCAUCCGUUACCAUCUGUCAGAAGACAGCAUCAGUGCUUUUUGGAUCUGAUUUAGAAAUGCAGCAACAUACCAUAGCAAACACAAAACACAGGAAACUCAUACUUAUAACGCAGGGAAUAUUUCCACUCAACACAGGAAACAUGUUCACGCAACACAGAAAAUAUGGGCACUCAACACAGGAAACGCAUCCACACAAUGCAGGAAACACGUCCACACAACACAGGAAGCUCAUCCUUAUAACGUGGGGAUUAUUUCCACUCGACACAGGAAAAAAGCCACUAAACACAGGAAACACGUCCACAGCAACAGAGGAAACAUGUCCACACAACACAGGAAACACAUCCACUCAAUGCAGGAAACACGUCCACACAACAUACAUCCACACAACACAGGAAACACGACCACAGCAAGCGAGGAAACACGUCCACACAACACAGGAAACACGUCCACAUACUGUAGCAUAGGCCUAUGGGGAAGGGUUUGACCACACUAGCCCCGCCCCAGGGAGGGAGGGGCUAUGAGCGCUUGUGGAGUGCUCAGAAUAAUUAGGCUUUAUGAGUUCUCGCUGAAUUACUAAUACUGAAAUAACUAUAAUAACAUUAAUGGAGGAGAUUGUUCAUCCACACACUUGACUCCAACACCCUCCAGGGACCUAACAUGUCUUUGCAUAACUAUUUUGUGUGAAACUGUUCUUUUAGGAUACAGGAUAAACAUUCCUUGCAGGGACAAUUUGUUACUUUUUGGAGCAUGUACAAUGUAGCAUUGUCUUUGUUUUUUUUGUUGUUUGUUUUUUAAAGAGAAGUUUAUAUAUGACAAUUGCAUUACAUGCAAUAUAAUAUUUUCUAUCACUUUUAUUGUUAUUUAUGUGUGAUGCUGCAGAUUUUCUUAAACUGAUAUGACACUUUAUCCUUCCAUGACCCCCCUUGUCAUUGCUGACUGGGAUGCAGAGUGGUUACCAUGGCACCUAUUGUGGGUAUGGGAGUGGUUACAGUGAGCCCCAUUCUGGGAUGUGAUUGGUCCAUGGUCCUGGGGGUGGUCCCGCUCGGCCCUCUUGAGAGGCAUGUGCAGGUAUGUUUGUGUACCUGUCUGAAAGGGAGGUGCCACUUAGCUCAGAUUAUUCUGAUCUGCUGUUCUGUUUGACUGUACGAGUCUUGUUAAGCGUGUGAAUGUAUCCAGGCACUUUGUGUGUUUAAGGAAGGAACACCUGCAGCCCUGCAGGUAAAACCACUCCUUUAAGGUUUGUGUGCUGCAGUAACUUUGAUACUGUAUCCUAACUGCUGUGUCUCUUUUUACUGCAUUUAUGUUUUUAAUCCUUUGCAUUUUAUUUCAUAUUUAUUCAUUUUCUGUUAUUCUUACUAAAUAUAUACCAUGCAACACUU